UAAAAGUUGAACAUUAAAGGCAAGAAAGACGGUGAAAGGAUCUAAUAAUUUCAAGAACAAGAACGUAACAAAAAACGUAACUUAACAAUUAGAUUGCGUAGCGCCAGCGAUAAUAUUAUGGAAGACGCAGAAAGUCUACGUGCAACGGACAGCUAUGGAUGUGAUGCAGUGCCAACAUGUUCACUUGGAGAGCUAUCAAAGAAGUGCGAGGGAGAUGGUAUUAAUGAAGGCAUUCUCAACGAUGAUAAAUCGGAAACGGUUGCCCCUUGCGCGGUUGCACUUUCAAAAAAGUGCGAGGGAGAUGGUAUUAAUGAAGGCAUUCUCAACGGUGAUAAAUCGGAAACGGUUGCCCCUUGCGCGGUUGCACUUUCAAAAAAGUGCGAGGGAGAUGGUAUUAAUGAAGGCAUUCUCAACGGUGAUAAAUCGCAAACGGUUGCUGUUAAAUCCCAAACGGUUGCCCCUGUCCACCAUAAGGAAAGUACAUUGGUGACCCAAGAGACCAGUUUGAGUACAUCAGCAGUUGAGCAGCCCAAAGCAAUUCAUCAGAGCUGCUCGUUAUUUGAUAUUGAGCCAUUCGAAAGGAAGAGGACCCGACCAAUCAAUCCAUGGCAGAACAUCACACCUAGAAAACCGUUGAAUUAUCAGAAGCGUAGCGAGAGUGAUAAUAUGAUGGAAGACGCAGAAAGUGUACGUGCAACGGACAGCUAUGGAUGUGAUGCAGUGCCAACAUGUUCACUUGGAGAGCUAUCAAAGAAGUGCGAGGGAGAUGGUAUUAAUGAGGGCAUUCUCAACGGUGAUAAAUCGGAAACGGUUGCCCCUUGCGCGGUUGCACUUUCAAAAAAGUGCGAGGGAGAUGGUAUUAAUGAAGGCAUUCUCAACGAUGAUAAAUCGGAAACGGUUGCCCCUUGCGCGGUUGCACUUUCAAAAAAGUGCGAGGGAGAUGGUAUUAAUGAAGGCAUUCUCAACGAUGAUAAAUCGGAAACGGUUGCCCCUUGCGCGGUUGCACUUUCAAAAAAGUGCGAGGGAGAUGGUAUUAAUGAAGGCAUUCUCAACGGUGAUAAAUCGCAAACGGUUGCUGUUAAAUCCCAAACGGUUGCCCCUGUCCACCAUAAGGAAAGUACAUUGGUGACCCAAGAGACCAGUUUGAGUACAUCAGCAGUUGAGCAGCCCAAAGCAAUUCAUCAGAGCUGCUCGUUAUUUGAUAUUGAGCCAUUCGAAAGGAAGAGGACCCGACCAAUCAAUCCAUGGCAGAACAUCACACCUAGAAAACCGUUGAAUUAUCAGAAGCGUAGCGAGAGUGAUAAUAUGAUGGAAGACGCAGAAAGUGUACGUGCAACGGACAGCUAUGGAUGUGAUGCAGUGCCAACAUGUUCACUUGGAGAGCUAUCAAAGAAGUGCGAGGGAGAUGGUAUUAAUGAAGGCAUUCUCAACGAUGAUAAAUCGGAAACGGUUGCCCCUUGCGCGGUUGCACUUUCAAAAAAGUGCGAGGGAGAUGGUAUUAAUGAAGGCAUUCUCAACGAUGAUAAAUCGGAAACGGUUGCCCCUUGCGCGGUUGCACUUUCAAAAAAGUGCGAGGGAGAUGGUAUUAAUGAAGGCAUUCUCAACGGUGAUAAAUCGCACACGGUUGCUGUUAAAUCCCAAACGGUUGCCCCUGUCCACCAUAAGCAAAGUACAUUGGUGACCCAAGAGACCAGUUUGAGUAUAUCAGCAGUUGAGCAGCCCAAAGCAAUUCACCAGACCUGCUCGUUAUUUGAUAUUGAGCCAUUCGAAAAGAAGAGGACCCGACCAAUCAAUCCAUGGCAGAACAUCACACCUAGAAAACCGUUGAAUUAUCAGAAGCGUAGCGAGAGUGAUAAUAUGAUGGAAGACACAGAAAGUGUACGUGCAACGGACAGCUAUGGAUGUGAUGCAGUGCCAACAUGUUCACUUGGAGAGCUAUCAAAGAAGUGCGAGGGAGAUGGUAUUAAUGAAGGCAUUCUCAACGAUGAUAAAUCGGAAACGGUUGCCCCUUGCGCGGUUGCACUUUCAAAAAAGUGCGAGGGAGAUGGUAUUAAUGAAGGCAUUCUCAACGAUGAUAAAUCGGAAACGGUUGCCCCUUGCGCGGUUGCACUUUCAAAAAAGUGCGAGGGAGAUGGUAUUAAUGAAGGCAUUCUCAACGAUGAUAAAUCGGAAACGGUUGCCCCUUGCGCGGUUGCACUUUCAAAAAAGUGCGAGGGAGAUGGUAUUAAUGAAGGCAUUCUCAACGAUGAUAAAUCGGAAACGGUUGCCCCUUGCGCGGUUGCACUUUCAAAAAAGUGCGAGGGAGAUGGUAUUAAUGAAGGCAUUCUCAACGGUGAUAAAUCGCAAACGGUUGCUGUUAAAUCCCAAACGGUUGCCCCUGUCCACCAUAAGCAAAGUACAUUGGUGACCCAAGAGACCAGUUUGAGUACAUCAGCAGUUGAGCAGCCCAAAGCAACUCAUCAGAGCUGCUCGUUAUUUGAUAUUGAGCCAUUCGAAAAGAAGAAGACCCGACCAAUCAAUCCAUGGCAGAAUAUCACACCUAGAAAACCGUUGAAUUAUCAGAAGCGUAGCGAGAGUGAUAAUAUGAUGGAAGGCGCAGAAAGUGUACGUGCAACGGACAGCUAUGGAUGUGAUGCAGUGCCAACAUGUUUACUUGGAGUGCUAUCAAAGAAGUGCGAGGGAGAUGGUAGUAAUGAAGGCAUUCUCAACGGUGAUAAAUCGCAAACGGUUGCUGUUAAAUCCCAAACGGUUGCCCCUGUCCACCAUAAGCAAAGUACAUUGGUGACCCAAGAGACCAGUUUGAGUACAUCAGCAGUUGAGCAGCCCAAAGCAAUUCAUCAGAGCUGCUUGUUAUUUGAUAUUGAGCCAUUCAAAAGGAAGAGGACCCGACCAAUCAAUCCAUCGCAUAACAUCAUACCUAAAAAACCGUUGUAUUAUCAGAAGCGUAGCGAGAGUGAUAAUAUGAUGGAAGACGCAGAAAAUCUACGUGCAACGGACAGCUAUGGAUGUGAUGCAGUGUCAACAUGUUCACUUGGAGUGCUAUCAAAGAAGUGCGAGGGAGAUGGUAUUAAUGAAGGCAUUCUCAACGAUGAUAAAUCGGAAACGGUUGCCCCUUGCGCGGUUGCACUUUCAAAAAAGUGCGAGGGAGAUGGUAUUAAUGAAGGCAUUCUCAACGAUGAUAAAUCGGAAACGGUUGCCCCUUGCGCGGUUGCACUUUCAAAAAAGUGCGAGGGAGAUGGUAUUAAUGAAGGCAUUCUCAACGGUGAUAAAUCGCAAACGGUUGCUGUUAAAUCCCAAACGGUUGCCCCUGUCCACCAUAAGGAAAGUACAUUGGUGACCCAAGAGACCAGUUUGAGUACAUCAGCAGUUGAGCAGCCCAAAGCAAUUCACCAGACCUGUUUUUUUAGCUCGUUAUUUGAUAUUGAGACAUUCGAAAGGAAGAGGACCCGACCAAUCAAUCCAUGGAAUAACGUCAUACCUAAAAAACCGUUGUAUUAUCAGAAGCGUAGCGCCAGUGAUAAUAUAAUGGAAGACGCAGAAAAUCUACGUGCAACGGACAGCAAUGGACGGAAUGCAGUGCCAACAUGUUCACUUGGAGUGCUAUCAAAGAAGUGCAAGGGAGAUGGUAUUAAUGAAGGCAUUCUCAACGGUGAUAAAUCGCAAACGGUUGCUGUUAGAUCCCAAACGGCUGACCCUGCCCACCAUAAAGAAUGUACAUUGGUGACCCCAGAGACCAGUUUGAGUACAUCAGCAGUUGAGCAGCCCGAAGCAAUUCACCAGACCUGUGAGCAAUUUGAAAGGAAGAGGACCCGACCAAUCCAUCCAUGGCAUAAAGGUCAUACAUAUAUUAAGAGGGCAGAUGUUAUUUAUCGGAAAGUCGACAAUGCAAAAGACCUCUUCAUACCUAGAACACCGUUAUAAUUUCUUAAAGUCACUACCUGGUACGCAAUUCAUUAAACUUUCAAUCUUUCAUUAAACUCGUUUGCUUAAAGUAUUAUAAUAUAUGUAAUAAUAAGGUGGCUUAAUUUUAGAUUGUUUAGAAUUUAUUGGCGACAUAGAUCUGAUUUUUUUUUAUUAAUAAUUGUGUAUUGUAUAUGCAAAGUCAUUUAACUUGUUAAGUGAAACAUGAAUAUUUACUUUAAUUCAUAACGAGAACUUUUUGUGUAUAGACACAAUCAUUUUGUAUU